UCCUCCCGUAACGGACGAGACAGUUUUGCGAGGCACCUCGCAUCCCUACAGGCCUGCUCGUUCGGAGACCGCACGAUUUAGUCAGUGACCGGAGGAGACGCCAGCGACUUUGUUCAAAGCCACCAGAGAACUUCGCCGCCUUUGCACAAGAGGAUAAGCACCUCGGACGAGAAGGAUUCGUCCAGAUCUCUGACUAACUCAGCUUUCCGUGCGUGUGGACAUGAAGACUCAAACGCUCCUGUGCCUGUGCGGCCUGUCGCUGGUGCCUCUGCUGCUGAGCAUCGAGGCGCGAAGUCUAGCCUCGAUCAAGGAGAGGAGCGACAACCAGGUGACCGGGCGCACGGGCAUGCUGUCGCGCUUCGAGCCGCUCAUCUCGAACAUGGUGGUACCCUUCCUGGUGGCCACCGGUGUCGUCAGCCUGGUGCGCAUGGUGCCCUCGGUGGUAUCGCAGAUACCCAACGUAUUCGGCUUCGCCAAGCGCCACGGCUACACGGAGCUGCCCCGCGAGGUGCUCGAGAUAAUGCAGAUGCUCGACGGAGCAAACAUCAAGUACGAUGUGCAGCAACAGCAGCCUCAGCAGCACGUGUACCACACCACCAACCAGCGGUACCCCCUCUACCACCAGCAGCAGAUCUACAAGGCCGCCGCAGCAGCCGCCACGAGCAGCUCCAAGCCUCACAGCCAGCAGGGCUGAGCAUACGCCACUCACUGUACCUGGAGGGAACGGGUAGAAAGCAGCCAGUGGCUGCGAUCAGGAAGACGGUGCUGAGGGGAGGGGGGAGGUGAAGACAAACGCAGGACAAUGUAUAGGAGCACCAGGAUGCGCAUAGGGGCAUUUUCAAGUCACGUAACUGUAGCUUUAACAGCACGAACGACGAUGCGCGCGGGAGUAUAGCAUGUUCGAUUCUCGGAUUGGGGAUCUUGGUAGCCUUUCUCUGUUUGUGCAAUUUCGGCUGGCCGAAACAGCGUCUCUCAUGUAGUGCGAACUAUCACACACUGUCCGAGUGCAAAAGGCGAGUGACAAAGACAAGCACGCGUUGACUUUCGGUUGCCUGCCGUGUCUCGUAUUUUAUGGUUGAAUGAUGUCACGUAUGUUAAAGUAAUAGCGCGGGACGCGUCAUCCUUAGUGUGGGGUCCCAUUGCUCAGAGGUCAACCUCACACGUACGUACGCUCAGUUUCUCCAACAUUUCUUUUUUCUUUUUUGCUUGCCCGCGAGCCAGUGAUCAUUUCACUUGACAGUGCAAACAGCGCAAUCUUCCGAUAUACUGCAAGAAUGAUUGUCAAGACAUUGUCAUUUAGGCUUCUACAAUUCUGAACGUCAUGCGCCAUGGUGCAACGCGUUCUGUUGUCGCCUGCUCGAAUGAUCGAUCAAGGAAAGAAAGUGCACGUCUGUUUUUGCAGUCUGAUACUAGAAAUAUUUUAACACAUUCCGAAUACUCUUACAGAGUAUUCUCUCAGGUAAGACAGUACAACAGAUAGCGACGAUCACGGUCCUUGAAAUGACACCAGUUUUGCUUUCAUGGUUGCCAUGCAACGAACCACCUUGCUGUAGUUAUUGCAUUGACACUGUCAUGGAUAAAAAAUGUACAGAGCGACUGCUUAGCAUGCAUGCAGCAAGGAACGCGGUACUUGCUCUUCACAGCACAUAUCUGGAAUAGGUUCUAAGGGCUUGAACCCAUAAAUUUUGUCGGGAUGGUUUCAUAACACACUGUCUUGACAUACAAAUUGGAGGAUUAGUUUUCACAUCUAUUCAAAGGGCUCGAGAUGUGGUAUUUGUACGACACUGCUAUACGCAUGAUGCUGUAUACUUGAAGGUGUUUAAAAGGCGUAAUUUUCAAGGCAUGACCCACAAUAUAUGUGUUACUAAGGUUCCUGCGGUCUACAGGCCUUCACGAUAGACUUUAAGAACGCCGCACCCCGCUCUAUAGUGUACGCGGUUUGUUUGUGCUCGUCUCUCUUUCUCUAUCUAUCUCUCCUCUUCCACUCUAUUUCGCUUUGUAUCCCCAUACUCCUCCCCCCCCCCCCCCCCGUCCAAGGUAGCCAAACAGAACUACCUCUGGCUAACCUCCCUUCCUUUCUAUGCAUCCUUUCUCCCUCUGUGUGUUCCAGGGAUAUUGUCCACAAGACAUAAAGUGCUCAGAGGUUCUGGGAUACGGACAGAUCAUCCCACAGACCAUGAACCAUUAUUUCUAGACAAUAUGGUCCCCAGGCCACUGAUGCAGCUUCUCUGCGCAGAAGGACGGUACACGACCGUAGUAUGCCGCACGGCAAACUGUGCGGACAAAACGAACAAAAACACGUACAAAAAGAUGUUGCGGGAUUAAAUUAGCGUAAAUGCUCAACGCGUUGACAGCAAGCGGUACCUCACAUUCAGUGACCCAGACAUAAUGCAUUCAGAGCGGUAGAAGUAUCGGCUGUUACAACUGCGUGCAUUUUAAAUCAAUAGAAGCUGUUACAUCACUUGCACAGCGGCGGCACUUGCAUUUUAUUGUAUAUUUCCUUUCAAGUUGAGAAACAGCUGGGCUGAAACCAUUAAUGCAUUUUGUCCGUGACGUCACAAGUACUAUAGUAAUCCCACCGUCCGCAUUUGUAUGUGCGCGGUCGCUUUUCUGUGCAUUAUUGUUUCAUAUCGUGCUGCGCGUCCUUGUAAAUAGUCGUCGUUAUUUAUUGCACGCGAAAAAUGCAGCAAUAAAGGUUCCCUAA